AAGUAUAAAUAUGGAAAAUAAAAGAAAAAAUGAAAAUAAUAUCAAAUUCUCUCCGUCUUUCGUGAGGAUUCGAAGCUCUGAAAAAAGAAAUGGCGGGAAGAGCUCAAAUUCCAACAAGCAACUCAGCUCUAAUUGCUAUGAUUGCUGAUGAGGAUACUGUAACUGGAUUUUUGAUGGCUGGAGUUGGAAAUGUGGAUUUAAGGAGAAAAACCAACUAUUUGAUCGUCGAUUCCAAAACAACAGUGAAAGCAAUUGAAGAUGCAUUCAAAGAGUUCACCACAAAGGAUGAUAUUGCAAUUAUUUUGAUCAGUCAAUAUGUUGCAAACAUGAUAAGGUUUUUAGUUGAUAGCUACAAUAAGCCAGUUCCAGCAAUUUUGGAAAUCCCUUCCAAAGAUCAUCCUUAUGAUCCUGCUCAUGAUUCUGUUCUCUCACGUGUGAAGUAUCUUUUUGCUGCUGAAUCGGUUGCAUCUGGAAGGUAUUAACUAUGUCCGACCGGUCUGCUUAUCAAAUAACCAAUUAUGGUAUAGGACCAAGCUGAUGUAGCUGCAAAUUCUGUGCUAUAUCAUACACCAACACAUGGUAUAUCAUCAAUGUACUUCCAUGUGAUUGAUUUUUUAUGCUUGUUGCAGUUCCAAUAACCUCUCCAUUUUAGUGUUUCCUUAUCUCUUAUGUAUGUUGUAUUUAUUGAGUUCCAAAAUCUCAGAUGAGAGUUUCAACUCUUUCAAGAACAAUAUAAAUAAAUUUCUCAGCAGAAACUGAUUAUUUCAUCA